UCUUCCGAUCUGCUCAAAAAUCGAGGGGCUCCCCCAGAUCUUCUCCAUCUUCCCCGGGUUUCAUUCAUUUGACAUUUGCAGCCUCAUCUGAGAACUGGGGGUUCGGAAAGAAUUGCAAGUGGCACAGGUGCCAUGCCGUCUCCCGAAGCGCCUGAUUCGCUGAGCGCCACGACCUGUGAGCAGUGUCGUGAACAGCACCUUCGAUGUGACCGCGUGCUCCCCAUCUGUGGCCGCUGUCUGAUGACCGGCAGAGAAUGCAAAAAGGGCUACAAGUUUCGUGCCCCGAAGCACGCCGUCUUCCGUGAAAGCCACAAGUGGCCCGCGCCGCCGAAGAGGCUCAAGUUCAUCGACGAGACAAGGGGCGUCGAGCUCGCCGACGACGUCGACAGCAACGACUCCCUGCAUGACUCUGCCGAGGCCGAAGCCGAGGCCGAGGAUGCGUCCACGUCGCCCGGCACCACGACCGUCGUCGAUUCCACCGCUUCGGAUGAUCGUCCCUCGCUGCAAGCGGCCAAGGCAGCGAGCUGGCCACUUCUCGAUGAAAAUCACCGGGAGGGCCACCGUGAGGCUCACCGAGGGAGCCAUCACGGGAGCCAUCAUGGCGGCGGCGAUGCCGUUGUCGACGAGCCAGUUGACCCGCUGCCGACGCCAACACAGACGUCCCUGGGCACUUUUGGUGCCGACCAUCUCGGCCAUCGCGCCGAACAGCGAGAGCACUCGGACUCCGUCGUCACUCUGCCGCCCAUGCAGUCCGUACUGCCGCCCUUCGAAGGCAUCUAUACCGAUCGUCCGGUGUGGCCGCUCAACGGGCGACAAGAAGCCACUCUAUUCCGUCACUAUGUGGACAAGCUCGGGUUCUGGCUGGAUCUGUGCGACCCCGCGAGGCACUUCGAGACCGAGGUGCCGCAACGUGCCGGGUCGUGCCCGAUCCUCCUCAAUGCCAUAUUCGCGCUCGCAGCGAGGCAUCUCAGCCUGACGAGCGCCUACGACUCGUUGGCCUCGAACCGCUACCACGAGCAGUGCCUCAACUACCUGAUCCCGCUGCUUGACCACGCCGCGACCGUGUCGGACGAGAACCUGUUCGCGGCAACAAUCAUCCUCCGUGUCCUGGAGGAGAUCGACGUCAACACCCUCGGCCAGGACACCCAUGGACACCUCCUCGGCAUCCACGCCUUCGUCAACGCCGGAGACCGCUUCCUGAUGCCCGGCACCCUGACGGCCGCCUGUUUCUGGGCGGGCCUACGCCAGGAGAUAUAUAGCGCCGUCAUCAACCAGCAGGUUGUCCGGAUGAACCUCGGUCACGCCAUUGUCGACCGAUCCACGACCCCGGGCGAUGACUUUGUCUGGUCGAACCGUGCCAUUGUUCACUGCGCCGACGUCCUCAACUUCUGCUUCGGGUCCGAGGCGGGGUCGGUCUUACAAUGGGGCCAGCUUGAAAUGGCGAACAGGGAGUGGAAGAACGCGCUGCCGCCGUCGUACACGCCCAUCUUCUUCCGCGAGAGGUCCGAAGAGGAGGCUUUCCCCGAAGUAUGGUACCAGAAGGCCUGCCACAUCAUUGCUGUACAGCAUCACAUUCUCGCCGAAAUGUACCUCGCGCUGUUCAACCCGAGCAUACCGCGGGUUGGCGGCGGUCGCAAGGCUGCCGAGAAGCGGCUGACAGAGCAGAUCCAGGAGCUGCUACGGAGCCUCUGCGGCAUCGGCAUGUGCAAUCAGUGGUCGCCGCCGGCUAUGUUCACGGCGUGUAUGGGAAUCGCCAUUGCUGGCGACAGAUUUGACAAUAGACACGACCAAGAAGCUUUGCUCAAGAUGCUCAGCAUCACUGAAAAGGCCCACGCGCGGCCCACGACGGCAGUACGGGAUCAGCUGAUAAGCGCAUGGGGGUGGAUGGACAAGGACGUCAUGAGCGAGACCUGAGGCUGGCGGGCCAGUCGUCACGAAACGGGUUUGACAAAGGGCCUCUCAUGAUUGGCUUCACGAUUGUAUGGCAUUUGGCGACAACUGAUGAGGGGUCGACAUCCUACUUGGGGUGAUUCUGACUUUGGACCGUAAUAGACUUGGCGGGUUGGGCUGGGCUGGGCUGGGUAGGACUGGAUAUGUCCCCCUGAUUUGGAUUUUCCUUGGGUGUAGCAUUCUAUGGAUACCCGACGUGAUGAUGGUGUAGUGUAGAUUCCGUGCCGGCGGCGGCGACAUAUGCAUUGGCCUCGCUGAGACGACAGCACGCGAUGCAGGCCCAAGACAAUCGGAC